ACAAACAAUUCCAUUCCAAUAUACUAUAGUCUUCUAUUUUUUUUUGUAUGGUAUGUGUGUGUCUUCUUUACUAUAAUGGGUGAGUUAAAAUAAUCUGAGUGGUGGGGAGUGCGACAGAGCAUGUAUAUAGAAACGGUAAAAACGAGAGCAACUCAUCAUCGUCACAUCUUCUUCUUCUUCUUCUUUAUAUAUAGGUCACGUUUAAUUGUUUAAUUUCCCCUCUUUCCUACCUAUACAUAUACAUAUACAUAUAAUGGGGAGAGGGAGAGUGCAACUGAAGAGAAUAGAGAACAAAAUUAAUCGACAGGUGACCUUCUCGAAGCGGAGAUCGGGGCUUCUCAAAAAGGCAAAUGAGAUCUCUGUCCUCUGCGACGCCGAUGUUGGCUUAAUCGUCUUCUCCACUAAGGGAAAGCUCUUCGAAUAUGCUACCGAUUCAUGUAUGGAAAGGAUCCUUGAACGAUAUGAAAGAUAUUCAUAUGCUGAAAGGCAGCUAAAAGAGCCUGACCCUGAUUCACCGGCAAGCUGGACUUUGGAGCAUGCUAAGCUCAAGGCUAGAAUGGAGGUUCUGCAGAGAAACCAGAGGCAUUAUAUGGGAGAAGAUGUGGAUACUCUUAGCAUGAAAGAGCUGCAAAACUUGGAACAUCAACUUGAUGACUCUCUUAAACACAUUCGCAGGCGCAAGAACCAACUCAUGAAUGAGUCCAUUUCAGAGCUCCAAAAAAAGGACAAGGCAUUGCAAGAGCAAAACAACAUCCUAGCGAAGAAGAUCAAGGAGAGGGAAAAAGAGACGGUGGCGGCGGCAAUGGAGCAACAACAAAACCAUAACUUGAACUCUUCUGGUUUCGGUCACCCACAUCAUAUGGGGAUGGGAUCUUUCAACAACAGCAAUGAGAUGUAUCAAGUUGAAGGAGAAGGUGCGGUAGGGGGCGUGAGUGUAACACAACACCAAAAUCAAUUUUCGAAUCCGGUAAUGCCGCCGUGGAUGCUACACUCAUGAACGAAUCCAUCACAUUUUGUGUAUGUAUAAGCUGCUACAUAGAUUGGAAACGAAUCCAAAUGUAACUCCCCAAAAAAAUAGAGUUGGUGUUUUAAGUCAUGAGAAAACAAAUCUCUAGGGAAUUCGUCAAAAACAUACUAAUAUGCGUGUAGUGAUUGAUUAAUUACAACUUUUUAUUACGUGCUAGUAUUAAUGGUGCCUAUGUUAUCCA